ACAACCCCUUGGGGAGAUAGGGUCAAAAUCGAAACGUUUCCACAUCAAAGUGAAGUAUAACACUUAACCCCCUUUUCUUUCAUUUAAUGCCUAUUGGUGUUCCAAAAGUCCCUUUUCGUAGUCCCGGGGAGGAAGAUGCAGUUUGGGUUGACGUAUACAACCGACUUCAUCGCGAAAGAUUACUUUUUUUAGGCCAAGAGGUUGAUAGCGAGAUCUCGAAUCAACUUAUUGGUCUCAUGGUAUAUCUCAGUAUAGAGGAUGAUACCAGAGAUCUGUAUUUGUUUAUAAACUCUCCCGGCGGAUGGGUAAUACCCGGAAUAGCUAUUUAUGAUACUAUGCAAUUUGUGCCACCAGAUGUGCAUACAAUAUGCAUGGGAUUAGCCGCUUCAAUGGGAUCUUUUAUCCUGGUCGGAGGAGAAAUUACCAAACGUCUAGCAUUCCCUCACGCUUGGGUAAUGAUACACCAACCUGCUAGUUCUUUUUAUGAGGCACAAACAGGAGAAUUUGUCCUGGAAGCGGAAGAGCUACUUAAACUCCGUGAAACCCUCACAAGGGUUUAUGUACAAAGAACGGGAAAGCCCUUAUGGGUUGUAUCCGAAGACAUGGAAAGGGAUGUUUUUAUGUCAGCAACAGAAGCCCAAGCUCAUGGAAUUGUUGAUCUUGUCGCGGUCGAAAAUGGCGGUGAUUUCACGUAAACCCGCGAUUCCAUUUCGAACCAUAACAUAGUUCAAAUGAACCGAACCUUGCUUUGAUAUUUUAUCUUCUUACCGGGGUAAAGUAAAAUAUUAUAGGAAAUGGGAGUAAUUCGUAAUCAUCCGGUUAGGAUCGAUCUAAACCAGCCCCAUUCUAUUCUGUAUACGAUUCAGCAUGCCAACUAUUAAACAACUUAUUAGAAACACAAGACAGCCAAUCAGAAAUGUCACGAAAUCCCCCGCGCUUCGGGGAUGUCCUCAGCGCCGAGGAACCUGUACUAGGGUGUAUGUGUGACUCGUUCAAAUUAGGAUAGAAUCGAAAAGCCCUAUUCACUAUCUAAAACUAAAAGUCAAAGGCAAAAGAUCUAUCAUAUACCUCUAUUCUGUAUGAAAUUUAUGGUUUCCAUUGGUGCAAAUCCAAUCACCUCCAUUUGAGAUGAGAAGCAAUUCCCCAUUGGUAGCAAAUGGUUAUCCAUUAAGCGGGGAAAUAAUAUUUAAGAUUAAGAAGCAGAAGAAUUAUGCUCCUACUCUUGCAAGAACGGACUAACAGGGUCAGCUACCUAGCCAACCUUCAUAAUUAAAUGCCGUUACUGUAUAGGUAGAUCUCAUUGUGAAAAGACCUAAUUACUGGAUAAUUCAUGGGUAGAGCCAAAGGGUGUGAACUGUACAAGUUACCAAUAAUAUUCAUUAAAUGAGGGAAGGGCUCCGGCGUAUAGAGGGGACCUCACCGUUUAAGAAGUAACCAUAGAAACGAUGGAACCCACUAAUUUUUUUAUCCAUUUAGAUACAAUUAUUUUCUUUCUUAUUUUUUUUUUUUUUGAUACCUAGUAUUGAUAGAAUUUUGUAUUUCGAGGAGAAAUGUUUGAAAAAAAAUCGUGGUUGGGAAGGUCAUAGUAGCAAAAGCUAUUGGAAUUUUUAUUUUAUACAUCGGAAGAAUCCGUUUUGUUAUUAAUAGACCGGAAGAAGGGAAAAGAAUGACUGAAAGAAAAGAAAUAAAUUUUCAAUUAGUUAUUCAUCAAAGUUUAAUUUGAUUCAAUGACCAGAACUAGACGAGGAUAUAUAGCUCGGAGACGUAGGACAAAAAUUCGUUUAUUUGCAUCAACCUUUCGAGGGGCUCAUUCAAGACUUACUCGAACAACUACUCAACAAAAAAUGAGAGCUUUGGUUUCGGCUCAUCGGGAUAGGGGCAGGCAAAAGAGAGAUUUUCGUCGUUUGUGGAUCACUCGGAUAAAUGCAGUAAUUCGUGAAAAAAGGGUAUUCUAUAGUUAUAGUCGAUUAAUACACGAUCUGUACAAAAAAAAGUUACUUCUUAAUCGUAAAAUACUUGCACAAAUAGCUAUAUCAAAUAGGAAUUGUCUUUACAUGAUUUCCAAUGAGAUCACCAAAUAAGGAGGUUGGAAGGAAUCCAACGGAAUUUUUUAAACAGAGUUCCCCGGAGAAUGAACUCCGGGAAGUUAGAGUAGAAAUUAAUAUGAUAAAUAGAAAUUCAAAAAUGAACAAAAAAAAGUAGUAAAAUUUCAAUACAAAAAAAGAUUUCUUCUUCACCAAUUCUUUUUUUUUCUUACGGCGCGACAAUCAAAUCUGGAUUCUCGAAUUUUUCAAACAUCAAUCUGACUCUGAGUUCGGAUUGGAAUUUUGAUUCAAUUGAGGAGUAGGUCUAUUUAUUUAUGGUUCUUGGACUAGUAGUUCUAGGGGUUGACUCAGCUCUCUCAAACUGUUUCUCAUUAUUAAGAAAAGGUAACAAAGAUAAAAUACGAGCUUGUUUUAUAGCAAUAGUAAUUAAUCGUUGUUGUUUCAAGGUCAAUCUAUUCACUCGUCUAGAUAAAAUUUUUCCUUGUUCACUAAUAAAUCGACUAAUUAAACUCAUGUUUCUAUAAUCAAUUCGAUCCCCCGAUCCAAUUGGGGGCAAACGCCUACGAAAAGAUCGCUUAGAUUUAAGAAAGGGUCGCUUGGAUUUUUCCAUGGUUUAUUCCUUAUCUCUAAAAUCCUAUUUCUGAAUUCUAAUUCAAUUUUUUUUUUGAUCCGACCGAAAUAGGAUAGGAUUUGUUAGAAAUUUGUUAGAAUAUAUAUCUAUCUUUAUCUAUUUAUUUAUUAUAUAUGUAAUAUAGUAUAAUAAAUAAAUAGAUAAAAUAUAGAAAUAGAUCUAAAUAGAAUAUUUAGAAUAUAACUCUAAUUAUUUAAUUUAAUAAAUAUAUUAAUAAAUAUAAAAUUGAAAUGAAAUAAAAUAGAAAUUUAAAAUGAACGAUUAUAUUAUAAAAUCGAUGAUUAUUAUAUUAAUAUAUUUAUUGGUUAUAUUAAUUUCAUUAAUAUUAAUAUUAUUAGGAAAACUUUUCUAUUAAUAGAAUAUUAAUAGAAAAGUUUUAAAUUUCAAUUUAUUUUAUAAUUAAUUAAAAUAAAAUGUAAAAUUAUAAUAAUGUUAUUAUGUGAUUAUGUAAGAUUGUAUCAAUUUCUAUGAUAUUAUAGGUAAUUUGUAUGGAAUUGAAUUUGUAAUUUUUUUCUUCUUCCCUUGAAAGGGCGGCACACACCUUGUUCCGUUCGAUCUAUUUCUUUAUCUCGCCAUGAAUCGUAUGUUUGAGACAAUAGGGACAAAAUUUUCUCAAUUCCAAUCGACUAGGUGUAUUUUGUCGAUUCUUUUGAGUAAUAUAUCUGGAAAUCCCCGCCGGUGAUUCUUUAUCUUUAUUAACAUCGUUUCGGGCACAAUUGGUACAUUCCAAAAUAACCACGCCUCUGACAUCUUUACCCUUAGCCAUGAACCUCCUUUCCUUUGGAUUUUAGAUUAACUAAACUCUUUAAUUUUCGCUCCGAAGCAAGAACAAAGGAACUAAAA